GCGCGCGCACGGGAUCAUCUUGCAAACUUCAGGACGGAUUUAUUUUAUUUAUUUAUUUUUUUUGGUAAUAUUUCCAGUACAAAAGCGCGUGUGCUCUGAUGCUGAGAGUCUGUGAUGAAGCACCUGCAGCAGGGAAUCACAGUUUCAGCAUCGGCUCCAUUCUGGGCCGCUCACAAAACACAGACAGCGAGCAAAACACUUUCAAUGAAGUGAUUAAACCGUUUGUGGAUGAAGAUGAUGAAGAUGAUGACGAGGCGAAGAGAUUCGCAGAUCGCGCUCUGAAACGCGCGGAAGAUCCGGACGGUGUUUUCCCGCGCUCAGGUGUUUCAGCUCCAGUCCGCGUUCGACGUCAAGCGCUACCUGAGCAGCGUCGAGCGCGCGCGCCUCGCGUCCAGCUGCAGCUCACCGACGCGCAGGCGAAAAGCUGGUUCCAGAACCGACGCAACAAGUGGAAACGGCGGCUGUCGGCGGAGCUGGAGGCCGCGGCCACGAGCCGGAGCUGUCAGACUGUGUUGAUCGGGAUGAUGAACGCGCUCGUUCGCGCGCCGUUACCGACAUCCGUGGCGCUCCCGCGGACGCCGCUCUGUUACCCGCUGUACUGAGUAUUAAUACUCGCGUCGCAUUCAUCUGAUCUUAUAUUAUGUGCUGGUCUCUCCUGUCCCUCACUGACAUUAUGAGGUCUGUUCGGCCAGAUUUCACACACCUGUUUUGGUUUGAAUGUGUGAUUUUAUGCUCAAUCGUUUGAUCUAAAGUUUUUACAUCAUUUUUUGUAUGAGAGACAGAAGCGCUUUUGGAAGCUGUUCACCAUGAAAAUGGUAUGGAAAGCACAUCAUUUACUUUCUACACGAACACAGUUGUAGAUAGUCUACAGAGAAUUCAAGACAGUUCACCCAAAAAUAAAAAUGAACCCUACCGCAUGAUUUAUUCACUCGAGCCAUCCUAGGUGUUUAUGACUUUCUUCUUUCAGACGAAUACAACUGGAGUUAAACUUAAAUUUAAAAAAAAAAAUGUCUAAGCUUUAUAAUGGCAGUGAAUGGCUGUUGAUAUUCAGAAGUCCAACAAGGUGCUUCCAUUUUAAUUUUUGGGUAAAAACUGUCCCUUUAAUAGUCUAAUAUAUUGGAAUGUUUGAAUGUUUAAAUUCUGUUGAAUGUUUGAAGUCUUCGGCCACAAGUAACCUGCUUUUGCAAUAUCGGGAGAAGUUCAAGAAAAUAAACGUUUCUGUGUAAGAGAUGAAAUCUGUUAUCGAUAUCAUCUGAAUGUGAACUUGUGUUAAAUAAAAGCCAUUGAACAAAUAAUGACAACGGCAAAAUCAGUGGCACAAGUAGAU